UCCAUCUCCGGUGCUGUGAUUCGCUGGUGCAUCGGAACUUCGGUCGUAUCUUGGGUGUUCAGUGGUAAUGGAGGGCGGGCGCAUUGACGACCGUGGGAGGCUGAUGACGGCGGAGAGGAUGCCAGUGGCAGCUGCCGUUACCGCGGUCCUCUGCCGUUGCCAGGUGGAGCGGACAAUGGGAAGACUGAAAGCGCAGAUCUGCGCGCGGCGGAGGAAGGCGAUGCAGUCCACGGAGGUGGAAGGGUUGGACACUUCCGCCAUUUGCGAUGUUGUGCUCCAGGUGUGCUGUGCCUUGGGUUGCGGGGCGAUGCCCAGAGCGCCGCCCUGGUGCUGGAUGAAAAGAAGGACGGGUGGGGCGUGGGAGGAUCUCAGGCAAUGCGACGAUGCGACAGAGGAAUCCUUUCGGGACAAGUUGCGCAUAUCGCCAAGCAUCUUAUGGGAGAUUUCGGAAGCUUUGUCGCCCUUCCUGCAGCGACGUGUGACCUUCUACAGGGAACCGUUGCAGCCGGAUCAGAUCAUGGCGUACACAUUGUACCGGUGGGCUUGGGGGGAGACGUACGAGAGUAGCACGUGCAACUUCGGCAUGGGCAAAGCUGCGGGUUUGGUGGCGGUGCGGGACGUGACUGCAACGUUGCUGACUGUGUACCAUGAGAAGAUAUCAUGGCCUGCGGGGUUGCGCAAGUCAGUUGUUCUCCGUGCAUUCGCCGACAAGGGGUUCCCCAACUGCCAUGGGUGCAUCGACUGCACUCAUAUCUACAUUGACAAGCCGGCGAACACCCUUGGCGAAGACUACUACGACAGGAGACACCGUUUCUCAGUCGUGGCGCAGGUGGCCGUCGAUCUCAACUUGUGUAUGCUGGAUAUUUUCGUCGGCUAUCUAGGAAGCUGCCACGACGUCAGGAUCAUCCACCUAUCGAGUUUGUGGCCGCGUGUCGAGGCCGGGAAACUUUUCACGAGACCUCCAGUCAUGCUCCCCUUCAGCGUCCAGACAAACGGCUACCUGCUGGGCGACAAUGGUUACCCGCCAUCUGAAUGGAUUGUUGUUCCCUAUGGCUGCACUACCCAGCACCCGUCGGAGAUGCGCUUCGACAACAAGCAGAAGACCGUGAGGGGGGCAGUUGAGAGGGCUUUCGACAUAUUGAAGGGGAUGUGGAGGUUGUUCCUACGGUCGCAUAAGACGAACAUGGAGACGCUUCUGCAGCAGUUUCUCAUUGUCUGCAUUCUCCACAACAUACUCAUCGACGCUGGCAUCCCGUGUGACAACAAUCUGUUGUGGGAGGUGGAUGGGAAUGGAGUGCGUCGUCGUGUGGAUCUGGGAAUUCAGCGUCCCUUGAGGUCGGUGUGCAUGGAGAGCUCGAUGGGCGAUGCGCUCAUUCUGAGGGUCGUGAGGGACGCACUGGCGGAGAGGAUGAGUGGCAUGUGACCACGAUCCUUCGUGGAGUGAUUGUGACAGUGGACCCGGAUGCGCAUGGUCUUCGCCGUGUGUGUUUAGAGAUCGUCGACUGUCUUUCUUAUCGGAUCGUGGUGGCCCAUGUUCGUCGGUGGUUGUGUUGUUCACGGUUCAUUUUACCAUCGUCGUGCGGGUACAGGUUCGUAGGCGGUCGGGAGAAUGCAGUCCUUUGUUGCCUACGGUCAGACGCCAUGCCUGACACACGUGUCAUGGCCUUACUUUUUUGGCUUAGCCUGCCACCGUAGCCUUUUGUAG